AUGUCAACAUUUUUCAACAAAUUCUUCACGGGAGCAUCGUCCUCAACGGCAAAUGCCGAUCUCGGUAGUAUGGAAUCGUUAUGCACCGCAAUAAAUCAUUUAAGCUCCGGAAAAGAGGAAGCUGUCGGUGAGCGAGCUGCCGAAAUUGUACGUCAAAACAAGGACUUGUUCGAGAAAAAAUGCACAGAUGUUGAAGCCUUCCUACUGCAUUGCAGUCCACUCGUGGGAUCCGCUGCAAUGGUUGCUGCAAUCAAAGGAAUGUUCGAUGCAUCAGCAGCAAAAAAUAAUGAAACAGGUCAAGAGAGAGCAGUUGAACUUCUCCAUCACUAUGUUGAUGAGAACAAUUUUGUUGGGGAGCAUCUGAAGUUGGUACCAGAAAUAAUAUUCCCACUUCUUCGAAACAUCGGAACGUACUGCUUGGAAAAGAAAAACAAACCAGAUAUUGGACAGAAAAUUAUUACCAAAGCAUUGGAGUCGAUGUACCCACGCAAUGGUAGCGGACCUAAAGUUCUCACUUCUGCACACAGCGUGCUCUUCACAUGUGCAUUGAAAACAAAGGAUUACGCAUCUGUAGAACCAUUUAUCGAUGUUCAAAUCGACGAAAUCGCCAACGAAAAUGGUGUUCACGAGUCUACUAACGAGGAGCAAUCUGCUAUGUUUAACAUUGGCAGAGUCAAGAAAAAUCAAACGUCUCCCGCGAAUAAUGCUCCAAGUCAGCCAUUCUUGAAUCCGAAGUUUGUUCUUGACUACUUGUACAAUGGAGCAUGCAUUCUCAUCGAGUUGAAGCGAUUCGAUGAUGCCCUUUUCCUUCUCGAAACUCUCGUUGCUAUUCCAGCAUUCACGAUUCAAGAGCAACAUAUCGACGGGUACAAAAAAUUCGUGCUCCUUUCGCUGCUUUUGAACGGAAAAGUUAUUGAGAAUACUGAUAAAGUUUCCGGAACUCGCAACUUGAAAGGAAAAACAAGCGAAUACAAAACUCUGGCAGAAGUGAGAUUUUCCAGAAGUUCUAAUACUCAUACGAAAGUUGAUGAACUUGUUCAAAACGCGAGAGACAAAUUGAGAAAAGAUGGAAAUCUCGAACUUGCGAAGCUUGUCGUUCUUGAGAUGAAAAAGAAAACAAUUAUUUCGCUGACUAAAAUGUUCACCUCCAUCAAACUCUCAGAAAUCCAAGGACUUGCGUUUUUGAAAAAUCGCGCUCAAGUUAUCGAGCUCAUCGAUAUGUUGGUUACAGAAAACAGAAUUGCUGUUAAUUUCGACGGCGAUAUGGUAUUCUGGUCUGAAGUCACUCCAGUGCCAACAAAAGAAAAUAUUGAGACUAAAAUCAGAACAGUGGAUUAUCUGAAUCAAUUGCUUCAAGAGAGAAACAAGGAUAUGAAAUCGGGUGCAGGACGUCAACGUCCAUCAGUUCUGUUCAACGACGACGAAGGUCUCAGCAUGCCACCAGUCGAGUAA